AUGGAUGUAUUCCAAACGGCGGUUACCUCAUGCAUUCUCAUCCACAAGUUUCUGGAUGGACGCGCAAAAUACUCUACCCAGUCUAAAUCGCUCGCCGCGCGCUUCAGAUGGGACUCUCGUGUCCUUCAACACAUUGUUGAUUAUUUUGAGUCUAGGCAGCUCGAUGGCAAAUUAUCUCGAGAGGAUGCGCUUCUUCUUGACGAGACGAUGACAUAUCUCAGCACUUUAGGGGAGCGUCUGAAGAUUGCGCAAUCAAAGCUCACAUCAACGGGUUGGCUAUCAAAAGAGAUGAAUAAACUGAUGUGGCCGCUUCGUAAGGACGAAUUGGUCGAACUCGAGCUUGAGCUGUUUGAAUGGACGCAGAGAUUGGAUUUCAGAUUGUUGGUGCUGCCAGAGAAACUCCGACACGAUAUUAUACGCAUCACUGAAGACGAAGUUUCGGAGGACCAAAUUUCGACAUACGCGCCCAAUCUAGCAGCGCAAAGGAGAAUGGAAAAGUUCUUGAGCAAGACCCAAUCAGCCAAGAGAAAAGAUUGGGAGAGCCUCUGGAUCAGUGACCAUAAUCUGCGUAUCACUUUCAAUAGCCAUUCUCCGGCGAGGUUCAUGGCUGGAGACUUUUCUUCUCGAAAUGUCAUCAUUGAAUAUAAGCCACACCCGACUCAUAUCCGAUCCGACAAGCUGGGCUACGAGAUAUUACAGCAGGAGAUUGGAGAACUGGCAGCAGCAUUGAGCUCCUUAGAUCCAAAGUCCGUUGGACUUCUCAAAUGCGUUGGCAUAUUUCACGAGGAGGAUCCUCCUUCGUUUGCACUCGUGCACGAGAUUCCAUUCCAAAUCGAAGAAAAUCCUGUUUCCCUCAAGGCACUGAUUUCGAAGAAGGAUGUAGAGAUGAGGCGACUUCUUCCGGCUCACCCGUUAAAUGAGCGAUUCGAGCUUGCUCGAAAGGUUGCAGCAGGGGUUCUGUUCCUCCACUCAAUCGCGUGGGUUCAUAAAGCCAUCCGAUCUCAAAACAUCCUUGUUAUUGAAAGGAUGGCCACGUCUUCGUCGCCGAAAAAGCGAUUCCCGUACGCUUUGGGAAACCCAUACCUGGUGAAUUUCCAAUCAUCAAGAAGCAACGAUGCGGAGACUGACCCUAGCUUUCGUGGGGGAAUACGAUGGGAAGAGGAUAUUUACCAUCACCCAGACCGACAAGGGUUUCGACAGGAUAGCGAACAUGCUAGGUAUCUAAUGGUGCACGAUAUCUAUAGCUUAGGCGUAGUAUUGCUGGAACUCGGAAUAUGGCGGCCACUGGAGAAAUAUUCCGCGAAAUUACGAGAUAGCGCGCCUCCUAGCCGUCGAGAUUUCCUUGUUGAGCUCGCUGAGGAGACACAGGUCGCCAUGGGGAGGAGGUACAGGGACUUGGUAAUAUGGUGCUUGAAACUGGAAAGCGAUUCUCCGGUUGCGAAUGUUCGAUACGCAGCUCACGCACUCGAGACGCUUGAGGAAUUGGCAACAGCAUUAUUAUGA